AUGGCCAAAAAAAGCAAAUUGCUGGCGGCGCUUGAUGCCUAUAAAGGCAGGGAUUAUGAGGCAGAGAAGAGGGCUAAGAAGGCAAAAGCAGCAGAGAAACGAAAGCGGGAGAAGGCCAAAUCUCUAGGAGAUGAAGACGAAGCUGGCUUUCACGGUAAAGAGAGCACAUCGGUUACACAAGACGAACGGUCAUCUUCGAAAACAGAACUAGGCACGCAGCGAGUUGACGACGAAUUCGAGGAUUUCUCAGACGAUCAUGGCGACGAUGAUGACGACGAUGACAACGACAACGGACAUAACACAGAAGAGCAAGACAAGGGACUUGCCGAUGGCGGUCCGUCAGAUUCAGAAGCCGACCUCGACUCCGAUGUUCCCCUCUCGGAGCUAUCAGAAGAAGAUCGCGCAGAUACGAUACCACAUCAACGCCUCACGAUUAACAACACCGCUGCCCUUAUUGCCUCUACUAGACAAGUCGCCAUUACGCAUCCUAAAAUGAAAUUCUCUGCGCACAACUCCUUAAUUCUGACUUCCCUACCCCCAGCUUCUGCCUCAAUACCAGACCCCAACGACGACCUUACCCGAGAACUAGAAUUCUACCGCAUCUGUCGCACCGCAGCGACGGACGCACGGAGCCUACUAAAGAAAGAAAAGGUUCCAUUCACCAGACCGAGCGAUUAUUUUGCCGAGAUGGUGAAGAGCGACGAGCACAUGGGCAUAGUCAAGAAGAAGAUGUAUGAUGAAGCGGCGAACAAGAAGGCCGCCGCGGAGGCGAGGAGGGUGAGAGAUGCAAAGAAGUUCGGCAAGGCGGUGCAGAUAGCAAAAGAGCAGGAGAGGGCGAAGGAGAAGAGGCAGACCUUGGAAAAGAUAAGCAGCCUGAAGAGGAAACGAAAAGGUCAGGACACAGGCACCGUCAACGAGGCGGACGACCUGUUCGAGAACAUCAACAUUGACGACUCAGGUGGGAAGCCCGAUCGCCGCAGCGGACCCGGCAGAGGAAGAGGAGAAGGCAGCAAAUUCAAGCGGCAAAAACGAGACCAGAAGUUCGGAUUCGGCGGGAAGAAACGCUUCGCCAAAAGUGGCGAUGCUGCAAGUACCGCCGAUAUGCGGGAUUUCUCCGUCAAAAAGAUGAAGGCGGGUGGUCUUGGUGGUGAUGGCAAGAAGAGGUUAGGAAAGAGUCGCAGAGCUGCUGCUGCUGCUGCAAGGUAA